GAUCAUUUCCUCGCCUUCAGCAUGUCCGAUGAAGCGCUUUUCGUGGAUAUUUCUCCUCUGGAAGAUAUUUUGGAAAAGUUUUUCACAGAUAAUGACACCCCUUCAAACUGGAUUCCAAACCAGAGCUUGAUAGAGCUCCCUAGCGAGAAAGACGAUGGGGAAAACACGCUGUUGCAGUCGCAAGUAAGUUUUAGCUGCAAUGCGGAGUCAGCCAUGGACAGCACGCCUCAAAGCCUGCAAAGUUUGCAAGAAUUCAACCAACAUAUAUCAGACGACGAGUUAACGAAGUUGUCAGUGCGGGACCUGAACCAAAGGUUAAAAUGUUUACCGAAAGCAGAAGCGAAGGUGCAUAGAAGACGAAGAAGAUGCUUAAAAAACCGUGCGUACGCUACAAGCUGUCGACAACGGCGUACAGCGUUCAAAGAACGACUGGAAACAGAGAACCAGCGGCUAAAAGAGCAGCUACGACAAGCGAAAGAACGUCUUUGCAGCGCAGUGAAAGAUAGGGACUCCUAUAAAAAGAGAUUUGACCGACUACACAAGGCUUAUGCAACAUUGAAUGAGCCUUCUUUUGUUAUGGGACAUAAACAGUGAUUUAAUUGUUUUAAGAUAUAAGUACUUUUGUGGAACGAGGAACUUUUUGUGAAUUAUCUGACAUGUGAUUGUAGACUACAGACAGCCAGUCUGACUAAUUUUAGCCUUGCCCUUGGAUACAGGUUAGUGUAAAUGUAAUCGUUUAUUUAUCUCACAACCGCUUAGGAUAUUUUGAGAGAAUUGCAAAAGGGAGAGCCGAGUUUCAACUCAAUACAUCUAACAUUUACCAAAGUCAAGAGGGAAACUCGAUGUUCGGUCUUCAUUGCCGUACUGUUACAUUUUUCACAGAGUGUAAUAGAGCUUUCUGGCUAUUUUGAUUAAUUUUAAACAGCGUGAUGUAUAUAAUCUGCUAAAGUCGAAUAAAUGAUACUCCCUAAAGAAAAUAAUGAGGUAAUGAGUGCAUGUAAAUUCUGUAGAGACGAUAUGAUAUCAAAACAUAUAUUUUCUUAACGUACAAUUUCAAAUUCUUGCUCCUUUCCAUUGAAUAAGCCAUGUAAAUAGUAUAGAUUGCGGAAAUCGUAUUCAAUUUUAUUCGGAAAAUUAAAUUGUACAUAAUAUUUGAUAUGAACUUUAAACAAUGCAUUGAAACCAACUAAUACUGGUAAAACACUUGUCAUUGAAGUAUCUUUAUGUUUUGGAUCAUUCGUCGGAUUUAUUUAAAUCGUUUAGUUUAUAUGUAGUCGUGUUAUUAAUAUCUAGAUAUUAUGUUUUGUACAUUAAAAGUCUUAGUUUGUCAUAAGACAUGACAGAAGUACAAAAACGCAUUUAUAAAUAACAAAGUUGCAAUUCCAACUGAAGUGUAUAGAACUACAAUUUUACAAUGUUGUGCACAAACUGCAACUUUGCUUUUCUAGUAAACUGGUAUAACUAAA